AUGGCCUCCGACUCUUCAGCUACAGCCUCAGACACGGUCAUCAAUCUCGACCCCAACGGAGACCUUCUUCUGAAAAUCGGCAAGAUGGAGACUCCAGAGAAGGCUAGGCAGCUGCGGAUAUCUACCUCCAUCAUGACGCUCGUGUCCCCUUUUUUCAAAGCCAUGCUGAAAGGCAACUUCCAGGAAGGUCAGCUCGCGCUGAGCGAGACGAAUCCUCCGACUCUGGACCUUGACGUGGAGGAUGUUGAGGCAAUGACAACACUGUGCCAGAUCAUUCAUCACGGUAGAGCUGCCCAACAGCCCGUACAUCUUGAACACCUCGUCAGAGUGGCGACUCUCAGUGACAUGUACGGCUGCCAAAGCGCCACUGCAAGUUGGUUUCAUUCUCAAUUGCUUCAGAGGCUGCCGCCAACCGACGCAACAUUCGGAGAGGACAUUGCCGCAGUCAUUCGAGCAUCCUAUCUCUUUGACGUCCCUGAGGUAUUCUAUGAGUCCACAAAAGCAGCAGUACAGUACCUUUCAAUGGCAAAGUCUGGAGAGGCCUUUAGGGCAGGACUUGGUGACACGUUGCCAGAGGGCUUUGUCGACGCAGUCAAGGCAGCGCAGAUGGCGCGCCUGCAGGCAAUCCGGCGCGAAUGCACGGAUCUGGUAGGCAAGUUUCUUCCAUCAAAGAUUCGCCGAUUCAUAACCCUUCCCGACGGCACCGAAGUUGGUAUUCCGGAUGUCUGUAUGCUUCAGUCACCCAGACAAGCCAGGUACAUUAGCGCCGUGCAUGCAAUCGGACUCUGGAACCAGUCUGGGAACGGAGGGAAGUCACUUGUUGGUACACCUGUCAAGGCGGCCGUCGAAUUGCUUAUUCAGGUUGCCGAAAUGCUCAAGGGUGGUGAGAUGUGUUGUGAAGACUGGCGCUGUGAUACCUGCAAGCUAGAUUCUGCCUAUAUGGUCAAAGAGACAGCUAAAGAGCUCCUGGAAAAGACUCAUGGGUUUUGCUUGCCUUGCGUCAGGGCGGAAGGAAAGAAUUUCACUAGACUCGCUGGCGUCAAAUGUGGUGUCCACGAGGUAUAUCCCGACACGGCUCUUUCUGCUGUCACGGGUUCUACGGAACUAAGACCGAGGCAACUACCAUAUUGA